AUGGCUACCAAGGUGAAUCCGUGGAACGGAAAGGGACUUGGAAAGGAGUCUGUCCGUAAACAGCUCGAAACCUCGUUGGCGAACAUGCGAGUCAAGAAGGUUCAGAUUUGUUACUUACAUGCUCCAGAUCACGAAACACCUCUUGAAGAAACUCUGGCUGCUAUGAACGAAAUGCACCAAGAGGGCAAAUUUGAUGAGCUCGGACUAUCGAAUUAUUCCUCAUGGCUCGUGGCUGAAGCAGUCAACAUUUGCAAGCAGAAAGGCUUCAUCGUUCCCACUGUUUACCAGGGAAUGUACUCUGCUAUCACGAGGCAAGUAGAAGUCGAACUCAUCCCUUGUCUGCGAUAUCACAACAUGCGUUUCUACGCAUACUCUCCCCUUGGUGGCGGUAUUCUUACUGGCAAGCAUAAGUUCAAGGAUGAGGAAGAGCAGAAGAUCGAAUUCGGCCGAUUCAAUAUGAACAACAAUGGAUGGGACAAAAUUUACAGAGAUCGCUACUGGAAAGUUGAGCACUUCAACGCAAUGGAAAAGAUCAAGGAGCUUCUGGCAAAGCACCACGAUGGAGAAGAUGCUACCGUAGCCGAGGCAGCUUAUCGAUGGCUUCUCCAUCACUCAUGCCUCUCUGGAGAGAAAGGCGAUCGCAUUGUUUUAGGCCAGGCUUUAUACUAG